UCAAUUUUAAGAUAACUUUCGGUUUAUUGACGUCAAAUCUAACGGAGACUGUCUAUCAGUAGAUGUUACAAACGCAGUCCCUCCUUAGUUCGUGCACUGAAAAUAUGAAGGUUCGUAUGCAGAUUGUGUGAGAAAUAAAAAAGAAGAAAAAAAGAGAAAGACCGGUUUCAUCAAGUGCAUACUAGUACAGUAAAGCAAAACUGUGUCACUCACAGCGGUCUUGUACUUUCAUAUUGCAUUGUUCAUAAUACCUACCUUUCUCGGCGGGUCAAGUGUAUAUCAGUUUGCAAAAAACAUGACAACCUAACUUGGAGCUGACCGGCGCCCCAAGACCGUAUGUGCAAUGGUGUUACCCGCUACCCGUGAUGGCUGACGUGUACAUAAGCGAGCCAGCAGGUUCCCUCUCCCCCAUUGUGUCUCGCAAUGUUCCUGAGGGAAGAGGGAGCUCGACCAUCAUGUCAUCCUCUAACAGGCAGGGAAGGAGGAACAGGGUGAGGAAGGUAAAGGGAACGGGGGAGGAACCGGGAGGCGGUCGCGGCCCCGCCACGAGGGCGAACAGGGGGGUCGCAGAGUUGAGGAAAGGCAAAAGUGUCGGUUCCUCGGUGGACGAGAAGCCGCAGUUCAAAGACUAUCUCGCUCAGCAGAGACAGAGGCGGCUUCAGCGGCUCAAAGGCAAAGGUGGCAAACAAAAAGCAGAAAGGGGGCAGAAAAAGGAUGAUGCGGUGGAAAGUGAAGAAAAGCUCACUCGGGGAGACUCGGCGGGCAGCAGUGGAAGUAAAGACGAAGGGAUACAUAGCACGGGCGAGAAAGAGGAAGACGCUGACAACGAAGAAAAAGAUGGAAGCCAAGAAACUGAAAUCGCGAACGAGGUGGACGACGACGAGGGGCGGGGAAGUAUAAAUGAUGACAACGAGCUUCCAGCACUCCCGGUGGAGGAAGGGGAGGAGGCAGCCGCGGACAACGCUGACGGCGCAGAAGAAGAACAGCCUGGCGACGAGGAGCAAGAAAAAACGUUCAGCCAGGAAUUCAGCCAAGAGGCCGACGGAGGCUACACCGGAGGCAAUCAAGACGUCCUGUCUGAUGUGUCUAACAGUUAUGGAGGCGUCGAGACCUUGAGGAUGGGGGAGGGGUUUCAAGGAAAAAACCUUGAGGGCGAAGACGACGCCAACGGCUACCAUGUUUCCGAGACUCCCUGA